UUAGCUUCUCAGCCCGCAGUUCAAAUAAUGUUUGGCUUCGGUUUCUGUUUUCGCAAUUUUGUUGUGAGCGAACACUCUACCGUCAGCUUAACCUUUUCCGCAUUCUGACUGCGCACAAAUUGGACCAAGAGCAAAAAAAUCGUUCCCACCUCGCACCCGCUCGCUCUAAACUGAUUACGUGUAGGCAGCAUCUAACCUAACCGAUGAAGCCUUUUGUCUGCAACUCAGGCAUGAAAACAUGAGUGAGUGAGUAACCUCCCUAACCUUUCACCUUCUUGCUUGACAAGAUAUAAUACUUUCUACCUUGAUGAAAAAACUGUUUCCUUCAAAAAACAGGUUUUUUUCUCCUCAAGAAAUGAUCCGAAGCUUCAGAAAACACAGACAGUGAUGCAUUCUAGACGAUCUCGUGUUUGUUUGUUUUUUCUAUCUGUACGUAUAGCGGCGCGCAUGUUAUUUAAAAACAACACCGAGUCUGUGAGUUUCAGUGAUGUGAUUUUAUGCAAACUGCCACCAGAGCUCUUCAAGAGAAAAAAGCUAGACUGAUAGAUGUACCUUAUACUUGCGUAAAAAGUGAUCUGCGAACGCUGACUUCAGAUAUAUAGGAGCAAGACAAAUGUCCGCGCUCAAAACCUGAGUGGAAAGUUGUCGAGCGCAAGCUGGCCGUUCAGUUCGUAACGACCUAAAGCCGCGUGUAAAGGACUUUAAUAAAGUCUUGAUAUACCUGUGCAUUCAAGCUAGCAACUUGACCUGUUUCAUGACACAGCCUUACAUGUGUGACAAUUGUUCAAGAGAUCUGGGCGUAUAAAAAAUGAAUGACGCGAGAUAGGAUCACAAGUUCACGCCUUUAUUAGGAACGAACCUCUGACAACGGAACUCGAGGGAUAGAAUUGCCAAGAUUUUUGAUAUCUGCAUCUGCACUUGUAGGGUUUUCCUAGGUACUGUAACCUGCAUUGGAACAAGGAAUCUCAAACCUACUGGAAUCAUCAGUUUUUAAUGUCUUCGUCCAAGUUAACAUAAAACAGUUGAACCUUGAAAUGUCUCUGCUAUUGAGACUGUCAUGCCAUGACCUCACUGGCAAAAGUCACCCUCAUUUAUCUCAUUUUGUAUGCUGACGCUGAAAUAUCGGUCGAAGAUGAAAGGCUAAUAUACAGAAAAAAUGUUGUCGAUUUCAAACUGGCCUGGUGCCAAAUACGCAUGCGCAGAUAUGACUGGAAGAAUAUGAUUGGACAGUGCUUAAGGCAGGUGCUCUGGAAUGCAACACCGCUGGACGAGAAGCUUCAAACGCGGGCUAGUAUAAGCUAUGUGAAGCGCAUGGACAUAAAACCUGCGGGAUUCUUUAGCAAGAUUUAUAUUCAAUCGGUUUCUGUGGAAAACCGAAAUAAAACAAUAGGAGGCGACUCUUGGCGAGUUAACAUCCGUGGACCGUCAAACAUGGCGGCGACCGUGUACGACAUAAACAAUGGCUUGUAUGAGGCCGUCUUUCUAAUAGAAGAGCCUGGGUUCUAUAGGGCAGAAAUCGUCCUGGAUUAUUCAUUAUGCGAAGGAUUCAAAGACCCACCUUUAGACUGGUUCAUUCGAGGCUGCCGCCAUGGAUCAUUUCAGCCUCCAGGGAGCCUCGGCAAUAAAAAUCACGAUUUCUUGCAGGAACCACUGGGAGCAGGACAAAUCACAUUUACUGUUCCCACAUCAUCCGGAUUGAUAACCAAGGAACUCAACGCUUUCAAAGCAGUAAGUCAAACUGCAUGUCGGGAGAAAUGUAAUCUGCUGUUAGAUGGAUACGGUGCGUGGUUCGGAGAGCAAUGGCGGCCAUAUGAAACAGGUUCUCCCACGAGCCUUGGAAGAUCAGGACACCAACAAGGCCGAGGUGUGUUGUGGGUUUACGGCGACUCUCUGAACCGCUAUUUCUAUGAGUCCAUCUUAAAAAGACGUUUGUGUUGGCAAGUGUUCCGCGCCUGUUAUCACACCAUGUUAUGGGUGUAUGUAUUAAAACAGACUGCCAAAGACGAAAUGAACUUGAUGUUUGGACGGAAACCCAUAAAUAUUCCCAGAAUCCUUUACGAACUGCAGAGCGUUGUUACGCGUUCCGAUAUGGAUCAGGACAGUGCGCUGAUCUUGAACGCGGGCGUGCAUUUGCUGAAGAGCGCCAGCUUCUACCAUUAUCAGAAGGUUAUCAAUGGGUUUAUUAGCGUACUGAAGCGCUACUAUCGAGGAACAGUUAUCUGGAAGAGUAUCACUGCCAUCCAUGAUCAAAGAGAAUUGUACAGCGGUUGCUUCCGGCGUUUUCACACUGAGCAGCGUAUACAGCUUUUUAACGCUUAUGCCAACUGGGCGAUGUGCAAGGCUGGCUACAUAGUGCUGGAUGUGUACCCAGUUUCUAGUUCCUACCCUGGAGGAACCUUGGAUGGAGUGCACUUCAGAGAUUCAGUAUUUUAUCCCGCGGCGGACUCAGUAGAGAGUUUCUUUCAGACGUAACAAGAGAUU